AUGGAUCCAGAUUUGACGACCGGCGAGGAGGGGAAAGCUAUCGACCCUCAGACCGGUCCGCUCGAUCACCAUCUCGAGGCUACGAGGGCCGACGACGUUCUCCCCCACGAAAUCGCUCUCGCCCUCGCGCUGACACCUGGGUGCCGUCAAAUCGAGGAUUUGCACGACCAAGAAGUCGUUCGCCUCCUGAUUACCGCCGGCGCUCACGAACACCUCCCUUCCAACCACGAGCCUAUGGUCAAGCCCCAUACGGUCGUCGUCGAACGCCACCUCCUCGAAGAUUCUCUCCCAGAAGAGACGACAGACCUAGAUCGCCUCCUCCUCAGUCAUGGAGAUCCCGGUCUCCGUACAGUGAUGGAAAACCGCGCGAUGCUUCACGGGGUCGGAGCAGCCCCCGCCGUCCCCGCGACGUAUCCCCGGGAAAUCAAGAAUCGUGUGCUGUCUCCAAGAGCCCCGGUUCCGGCCCCGGCCCCUCAGCCGUCAUCAAUUCACUCGCAAAGUCCCUCACAGCCUUACCGCCGCGAACAGCAUGCCGAUAUGAACAGAGACCGCCCUUCGUCACGAUCUAGACAAGCAUCGCCUAAACACGCCCUCGCAAGUGAAUCGAAUAAUACAUCAAGACGUUCAUCUCCAUUCAACCACGCUGAACGUGGUGGUCUACCUCCUCUCCAAAGCCGCAGCGGCUCACCUGCACGCCACUCUCUUUACCGGUCUUCAGGUGCCGGUGCAGGUCCACCAGGACGCUCCCCUCGCCCAGAUCAACCCCAAGAAACAGUCGCGAACUAUACGAGAGGACCAGACAACGCAGAACGUUUACCUCGAAAAGACUCCUCCGAACAAGGACCCCCAGGAGCACCCCGUUUAAACAGAAACAUCCCAACCCAACCACGAAACCUCGCUCUAAACCAAACCCCACCACUCGGACCAUCAAGGGGUCCACAACCUCACAAUCGCGGCCCUCACAACGCUCCCGCCCUAACAGCACCAACCCGACCCCGUCACGCAUCCGGUCCCCGAGACGGUCCAUGGAUGGGAUCGCCCUCAAUGGGCCCGCGUCGCCCAUCAUCCAUAAUGCCCUCACACGGUGCUCCAUCCGGUCCUCGAGCAUCCUUCUCAUCCCCAGUCCCCAGUGGCCCAGGAUACCGGGGCCACCCAGGUUCUUCUCGCCAGGGUAGUUCGGCAGGGGCCGUAUCUCCAAUGACGCCCAAACCUCCCAAUUAUCUCGCGGGUCUGGGCUCAAUUGUCCCCGGGGGUAGGGCUUUACCCUCGGCGCUGGAUGUUACGACUGAGAGGCGGCUUGCUCAACUUGAUGCUGAUAAGGAAAAGUUACUUGAGCAAAUGGCGGCGACGCAGAAGCCUAGGAGAGCGGGUCUUCGUGAUUGGGACCGAUUGGAUCGGGAGAGUUCAAUAUGUGCGUUGAAGAGUGAGUUGGCUGAGGGCCAUCUCCAACGCAUGGCGGAUGAAAGUAUUGGCGGGGGAGUCUUGUACUGA